AUGUCGCUGCCAGAGAUUAAAGGUGCUCUUGGGGGCCUGGUGAUUCCGGAGGGUGUGUGGCCAAAUGCCGACGAGCGGCACCAGCCCUGGACACUUCUGGCAGAGUCCGUGGCAAAGUUGGAAAUCCAGGUGGUGGGACGCACAUGGGAUUUCGAUGGUUCACUGGUGCUGCGGGAUGCUUGGGCCGAUGCUCUACUCAGCCGACCAAUCGCGCGUGUUUUCGCAGAGACGCCGAGCCUGCUGAUCGACAUGUUUGCUUUUGGACGGCACCUCGAGGAAAGCAGACUUCAGGGUGUUUUGUGCUGGAUAGACAGGUUUCGUGAAGUCGCACAGCAUGUUGUUGCGCUCGUGGAACCGGAGACUGUGCAACGCUGCUUCGCGACGCCAGACCCAGAAAGCGUGCGGAAGAAGAAGCCCCAACGCGCAGCGAGAAAACUUGGCGGUUGGGGGGCAGCCGACUGCUUCAGUGAGCUUCUGAAAAAGGGCCUUCCUCGAUGGUGCUGGGCUGGCAGCAUCCCGCCUUUCCACGACAGCCUGCUCCAGUAUAUCUUGGAACCGACUUUUCGUCAACACAGUCAACACUUCGAAGACAAGGAUGAAGCCCAGGGUAGACUUUGCAUCGCCGUCGCCGAGCGCCUUACGCUUGAAGAGCUCUGCUACCAAAACUCGGACGGGCGCUCCGCACUCCACUAUGCGAUUGAAUGCGUCCCGAGCUACUAUGCCGUUCAAUGCGUCCCAAGCUUUGCCAAGCACCCUUCUAUGCAAAUCUGGAAAAAGGUGAGGGAUAUCAUCAAACAUAACAUGGUGCAGCGGUUUAGAGCCGAGACAAGGCCAGGAAAAGGCCUCUCCUCCGCCUUGCAGAGUCUGCAUAGGGAAGCUCGUGCUUUUGGUCUUGAGGACCACUACGACGACGACGACAAUUACUGUCACUUCCAGGACGUAAUCUUUUCUUUCAACGAGCAUCUCAGCAGCCUGAAAGGGGAUGGAUGCUUGCUUUCGUUGACACCGGAUGGCGAUGCGCCCACGGACUUUGCAGGGACAUGGAG